AAUAUACAUAGUGUGAAAAUAUGUAGUGCGAGUAAGUUUUGUGUUGAAUUUAACUAGCAAAUGAUUAGUAAAUAAAUGUAGCACCAAGUAAAUAAAAACGUAGUCAAUGAACUUUGUAAAGCGAGUGUUACCCGAAUAGGAAAUGUGUUGAAUACUCAUACAGUUUAGUUUAGAGCUAGAAACUUUAAUGGAUUUGUAGUUAGUGAAUGUUCUAAAUAUUGGAUACAUACAAACGUACAUGCAUACAUAUUGAAGCAACAUCGUGAAAUUCGUAGCAAAAUUAUGUGUGUUAAGGCUCGAAUGUCCGCCGCAGACUUGCACAGCAACCUUGGUUGCCACUUAAAUUAAAGUUGACCUCGGUUUGAAGUGGGCGCAUGUGACACAUAGGAAUAUAUUUUAUUUUGUUUAGAGAAUUCUAACCACUCGCAAAACUCGCAAACACCCACCGUUGCAACAUGAAAGUGAUGCGCAUCCGCCACGCGAAGCUCAUAGUAACCUUAGUGGUCAUAGCCAAUCUGAUACUUUUCUACUACUCCUGGAAAUCGACGAUUUGGAAGAGUCUUGCAUCCACACUCAUGCUACCAUCAGACGCAGCCGAGCGCGCAGCUGCCGCUAACAAUGAGCUAAUGGGCGCCGGCAGUGCUGCGUCCGGGCGCGCCGGUAAAUCACCGCGUGAUAAACUGAAGAACGCCAACAAACACAUACGCAAGUCUAUCACUAUCGUUUUUCGUAGUUUUUACAAUUUCGAAAACGAUCUGAAAGCAUCCAUUGACAAUCUGCUCGACAUUGUGCCCAAUUUGUCAGUAUUAGUAUUAUUGGAGGGCGCGCCCUAUCCGCCAGUUUCGUAUGAACGCAAUAUUACUGCCAGCGGUGAGGAGAAUACCGUUCGUUUUAUCAAUCUCGGCUUUGAUGUGCAAAAAACGCCCGAGCAGUUGAAUGCGCUUGCAGCGAUACACACUAAGUAUGUGCUAUUCCUGCCGGAUAGCGUGCGCUUAACCAGCAAGAAUUUGCUGCAGAAGAUCUUGCGUGAAAUUAAUUCGGCUAUGCCACUGGGAGCUGGCAUAGCGGCAAGAGCGCCGCUUAGAGCGGGCGAAGCCAAGCACCAGCAGGAGGCGCGCGCCUUGGUACCACCUGUCGGUCCUGAAGAGACGGUAAAGCGCAUAGUGAUAGUGCCAUUCGCUGGAAAUAUGAAGUCGUUCAGUAGUUGCACACAAAUAAAUUUGGAUCUACCCAAUUGGACUAUACAAUAUGUGGCGGUUAAUAGCAGUGACAAGUGUGAUUUGGUAGGUGACAAAGAUUAUGCCGCCGCAAGCUAUGAAACCCUCUCUCUCUCUCUCUAUCUCGCUUUAAACUCUCCCUUUUUUCUUACACAGUAUUUGCAAAAGCAUGCUAUUCUCGUUGAUGUUGGCGUACUCAAAGAGCUGCCGGAUCCGUUUGCCUCGCCAUUUCCCGAAAUGUUUUAUAUACAGGCAAAACUGGCAGGCAUAUCCAAAACGGUCUUUCCACAAUCUUUCCAAGAUGGUCGUCGCCUUUUUGCUUCGUAUCACACGAAACAGCGCCGCACCGAAAUUCGCCGCCGUCAAUUCAAGGACUUGUACAAGAAGCUGCAAAUCAAACGGAUUAUUCGUCGUUCACAUAAGGUGAUCUCGAAAACGGAUCAAAAAGAAGGCGGUGGUGGUGGCCCACAUCACAGUCUUGUGCUCGACACACAAUUCUCUUCUUCGAACUUCAGCUUACCGCUGGUGACCGAAAUCGAUUUAAUCGGUUGUGAACGCACGACAAAGUCUUGCGUGGGUACGGUUUACAAUAAUCAACCCUUCUACAUUUAUUUGAACAAGCAUACGCCACCGUGUUGCCUUGACAAACUCAAGACCACAUUCAAUCAUGUGCUCGAAGAAUUCGAAAAUGUCGGCAUCCGCUACUGGUUGGAUAACCAAGCUUUGAAGACAGCUAUCGAAACGAAUCGUUUGCAUCCGGAUGCGUACGAAAUCGAUAUUAGUUUCAAUGUAAACGAUCUAGAACGUUCGAAUGCUAUGAAGAAGUCCCAAAAUAAACCAUAUGUGGACAAUGAGGGCUUUUAUUGGAUCAAGGCGACCGAUGGACAUUACUUUAAAGUACAAUUUUCAAAAAUUAAUCAGAUUGGCGUGAAUCUGCUGCCGUUCGAAAUUAACGGCAAUGAAGUGAGGCCAAGUGGAUUUUUUGGCUGGAAAGCAAAAGAGUUCUCCGCAGACUACCUGCAUCCAAUGUCCACGGUGCUCUUUCUGGGUAAAAAUGUCAUGUGCCCCAAUAAUGUGCGCGAGUUUUUGGAUUUCAAAAAUGUGAAAUAGAGUGUAUGAGGCCGUGGGUCCAGUUAAUGGAGCAAUGUUAGUCUAUAAAAAAAAAAAGUAUUUUAAAAAGGGAUUGAAGAAAGAAAGAAGGACCAAUGUGGUAGGAAAAUGCAUUGAUACAACAAAAUGAGUGCUUGAACCUAAAAACUGGAUAUAAUUUUUGGUAAUUUAAACAAAAAUCCGACAUAUUUUUUUGGUUAUCCGAAAGCAUCACAUAGUUUUUUGGCACUCUGAAAACUGUACAUAAUUUUUUGGUAAUUUAGAAGCUGGACAAAAAUCUUCGCUCACUUAAAAUUGGGCAUAUGUUUUUGGUUAUAUGAAGAUUAAAUAUGUAUGAUUUUUGGUGAGUUUAAAAUUGGCCAUAAAAUUUUGAGAUAUGAUCAUAUAUAAAAAUUGGACAUAAAUUUUCAUUAUUCAAAAAUGUAUGGUAUUUUAAAACUGGUUAUACAUUUUUAGCGGUCUUAAUUCUGGUUAUAACUUUAGGGAACGGGAUAUAUGUACAUAAUUUGUAAACUAGACAUAAAUUUUUAUUCAUUUGUAAACUUAAAAGCUGGGCAUACAUUUAUGUCGGUAAUUUUGAUUUUGGUAGUUUAAUUUAUGGUCAUUUAAAUUUUGACAUUUAUUUUUGCCGUUAAAAAAGUUAGAGAUAAGUUUGUAAAACGGUACAUAGAUAUAUUUUGGGAUUUUAAAUUUUUUUUUGCAAUUUUUGGUAGUUGAAUUUUUCUUUAUCUACUUUUAGCAUUCAUUACAGGUGGUUUAAAAACUAGAAAUAAGUUUUUGGUAAUUUCAUAACAGGACAAAAAGUUUUGAUUAUUAAAAAAGUGGGCAUAAAUUCUUGAUACAUAAAAACUGGUCAUAAAUUAUUGCCCAUUUAAAAACCGGACUUAAAUUUUUUUUGGUAAUUUCAAAACUGGUUAUAAAUUUAUGGUAAUUUAAAAUUGGCCAUAGGUUUUUGAGUAACCUAAGCACAAUACAUAAAUUUUGAGAAUUUUAUAACGGGAUAUAAAUUCUGGUAGUUUAAAUACCAUUGAACGCAAAAAGUUGAUUGAAUCUUUGGUAGUUUAAGAAACCCGACUUAUUUUUUUGGUAAUAUAAAAGCAGCGGAGUCUUGGCACUCUGAAAAAUGUAGAUAAGUUUUUGAUAAUUCAAAAUGUGGACAUACAAUUUUGGUCACAUAAAACUGGGCACUGGUAAUUUAAAAACUGUGCAUAAACGGAACAUACAUAUAUUUUGGUAAUUAAAAAAAUUUUGGUAGAAAUUGUGUCAUUAAUUUUUGGUCGUUAAAAAAAUCCAGAUACAUUUUUGUUAACUUCGAAACUGGCCACACAUUUUUGGUCGUUAAAAAAGUGGCCAUAAAUUUGGUCACAUAAAAGUGUUAUGCAUUUUUGUUCAUUUAAAAACUAGAGAUGCAUUUAUGGUAAUUUCAAAAGUGGAUAUACAUAAAUUUAUGGAAUAUAAAUGUUUGUUACUUUAACAUCUAGAAAUAACUUUUUUGGUAAUUUACAAUAUAGAAAUAAAAUUGUGUUCAUUCAAAACUGGGAACAGAUUUUUGAUAAUUUAAAAACUAAACAAAUUUUUUUGGAAAUUUAGAUUCUGGACAUAAACUUCGAGUCAUUUAAAAACUGGAUAUCUUUAGCUUAGAGUGAAAAGUUGCUCAGUCCACUUUUUUUUGAAUGUUAUAGGAGAGCAAAAUAACUGCUUAUAACCGUUUUCUUCAAAUAUUUUGCGAAACUUUGAAUACAACAUUUUGCGUGUUUAAAGCAAAUCAACCCUCCAUACGAAUCGGGAGCAUUCGAUGUUCAUUAAAAAUUUCGUAUUAUUUUGGCAUUUUAGAAUUUUCUCUUUUUUUGUGGACUUGGGAAAUUUACCUUUUAUUGAUAAAAGACGGGAAGAAAUAAAACGUCAAAAAGUUGUGAUAUAUAAAAAACUUGACAUACAUUUUUUUGCCAUUAAAAACUAGGGAUGCAAUUUUGUCAAUUUAAAAAUUAUUCAUACUUUUUUGGUUAUUUCACAAAUAAAUGUUUUGUCUUUGAAUUGCCUAAAGUAUAUAUCCUGUUUUCACUUCUGAGCAUUCUUGAAAUGUGGCCAUAAGACUUUCACUACAUUUGAGGAGGAUACGAGGCCCAAGAGUUUUGAAUAAAUAAAAACGACAAAUGAUUAGAUUUUCAGCCUUGCAGAGGACGAUUAGAAUAGAAACUAGCUGGAAUUGUAUAUAACACGUAACUAGAGAGCAUAAAUUAAUUUAUAUAUGCAUAUACAUACAUACAUUGCUUAAAUCAAAAGCCAAACCAAAUAUUUCGACCGACAAGCCACAUAUAGGGAAAUAAAAUUAAACAGCAACUUACAAUUUAAAACAUAAAACAUUUUUCAAAGUGG